AUAAUAACUGAUAAGGACAAUACAUACACAUUCGUCUACAUAUCUUUGCUAUCUUGGUGCAAUUCUUGUACCUUUUUAAAGAUUGUGGUGUCAUGACUCUACUCACACGUUAACAUGCAGUCCGUAAUAGUCGUUUCAGUAGUUUAUGAUGUUGUCUAAUGUAUUAAGACCUCAUGAACUGUUAAGUCAUCCAGUAGUGAAUUCCAGAUGUCCUCCAGGCCUGUCUGUCUCUCAUCUGCUGGCUCUGCAGGAGCAUUUUCAGGGGGUAGCAGGAUUUUAUGUGGUGGUCUGCACAGUUGUUGAGAGGGUGCCACAUUCCCAGGUGGCAUGUGAUGACAGGUUCAUCUGGGCACGCCUGUUGUCAAAAACAAACAAACCCCCAGCAUAGCGAGGGUCAAGGUCAAAGCUGGGACCAUCCCUCCUAGACAAGACCCUCAAAGCUCAGCCAGCCAAGUCUCAAGAGGCUUCAGAGGGACCUGAUGUCCAUGGACUAAGGACUCACUGUGCACAUAAUCAAGCAGGGGAACGCAGAUACAAUUUUGAAUUCAUGUCACUGUAUCACAGGACAGGCCCAAAGAACCAAAGGGAGGCGAAGCCUCUCCAGAAGAGGGCAGCGAAAGACCGAGCAGAACAUCCAGGUACUGAAGUCCCGCCAGGUCCUCGAACAGUCUGCGCUGUCAGGAUCACACCUCUGACGACCAUGAAAGGCUCUCCUGACCUGAUUCCUGCUGCAGGUUUGGACCCCAGCAGAGUGUGCAAAGGGAAAGGAGUCGUGACUCUCAGGGCCACCCUCGUCCACAUAGAUGAUGAAGGCUGCAUCAACGAAGAGCCAAAUGUCAUCACAACGCCAAGUGGCUGGACAAGCCAGAUUAAUGGAGACAGCUAUAAAGCAGGACUGGCUGAGGGAGGCAGCAGCAUCACAGCUGAUUUACCUCCUGUAAACAACACUCAGUGCCAGAUAUAUUCACCAGAUAGCACAAAUGAAAAUCACGCUCCAUCCUCCACUGACAUUCAGAACUGUCUCACAUCAACGUCCAGCUCUGUGUAUCCCUGCACCAGUACAGUUAACCCCACCAUAGUCCUGCUGCAACACAACAGAGAGCAGCAAAAGCAUCACUCUCAUUGUGAAGACCCAACCCCAGAAAGGGACAAAAGCCCUGAUACUGGGAGAGACUCGGUCAGUCCAGUCCCUGAUAUGGACUGGAAGAGGCUGCGGCUGUCACUGCACUCCCCUGUCUCGAGUCCUCUCAACAAGCCCAUUGUGCCUGUGCGGAACACUGAAAAGUCCAAAGACUGGUACAAGACAAUGUUCAAACAGAUACACAAAAUACCUGAGCCUAUUGAGGAAAACCCUUACCGCCCCACCUACAUUUUCCCUGAGAACUAUGACAUUCUGAUGAAAUCAAAAGAUGAUGGCCCCAAUCCCUUUGAUUACUUGAGAGAUGCGAAGACAGUGCCGCGCUCAAAAAGUGACGCCGAGGUCGAUUCAAGAGGCCAGUUGAUGCCUGUGCCAACACGGUCCUCUUCCCUCAAACCCUCUGCCAAAAGGAACGAGUGGGAGCCCCCUGAUAAAAAGGUAGACACCAGGAAGUAUCGCGCCGAGCCCAAGAGCAUCUUUGAGUACGAGCCGGGGAAAUCGUCGGUGCUGAAGCUGGAAAGAACGACUCAGGAUGUAAGUCCAGAAGAUGUAGAUUUAGAGAAUGAGCCUUGGUAUAAAUUCUUUUCAGAGAUGGAGUUUGACAAAGCGAGUGCCCCCUCUUUCAGCCCCCUGGAAACAGCCUCCGACCUGCAGCAGUACGCCUCCAGCAAGUCUGGACACAGCGAGGUGGAGAAGGACAGAGGAUCAUCCACAAGUGAGCCUGCGGCUCCUGAAUGCGACCGCCAUGUUUACAAGAGUGUCCUGGAGGGCGGAGACAUUCCCUUACAAGGUCUUCGGGCCCUAAACAAGCGCCAUGGCAGCUCCUCUUCCUCUAAAGUGGAUUAUAAAGGUGGGAAUGGCUAUAUAAUUUCACCCUGCUCUUCUGUAAAUAGUCGAUCGGUUCUUGCCAGUAAUGCAAUAGGUAACCAGUGUAAGAGUAUGAAGCCUCUAUCUGCUGCCAAAGCCUGCAUACCGCAAAUCCUGCCCUCUAAGUUCAAGCCCAAGCUACUGCCUCCCAGUGGUGACAGUCAGGAAAAUAGGACUAAAGCUGUCAGGCACCCAAAGGCCCACAGCUGUGAAGAUUUGUGCACAGGGCCAUGUGACACAGACCAUGCUGGAGCAGAGGAAAGGGAGAGUGGACAACAUUCAGACUUUAAGUCCAGCUGUGGCACUGAGUGCACAGACGGCCUCAGGAAUGUUUCCCCUGCAAUUAGGAGGAGCGCAUCAGAGUUUUCCAGCCUGUACAGGACCAUGCAUCACAUCCAGCGGCCCAGCUCAGCCGGCUGCAGCCCCCACGGCAGCGUCCGCAACCUGGCCUCUCUCUUUGAGAAGGCAAAGGGCGACCGGGGUGAAAGGUCAGAGGCAGAGGAAGGGGGUAGCAUUCCACGGGAUGCGGUGUCGUCACGGGUCAGCGAGUUUGAAAUGAUCAUACAGAGAACCAGCUCGGCACCCAGCCGCUCCUCUUCCCUGCCCACCCUGCACUCCGGCCACAGCCAAAGCCCCAACCACAAAUCCGCCCACCUUUGCAUGGCGUCUGCAGUGUCAGCGGAGUCCCUUUUGGUAGCCAACACCACCCACACCAGUGCCUCCUCCUCAGUGGAGACAGAGGGCAAAAGCUGUGAGGAGGAGGAGGAGGAGGCCUUGUCACCAGGCAGUGAGACUGGUGAGGAGACUGCUUCACCCUCAGAGGAUGGACGCAAUGUCAGAACUGAGUCCCCGUCUAACACUGAGGCCGAGGUUGAGCAGAUCUUCAGUAAAAGUUCCACAGAUCUGAUUCACCAAACUGUUAGUGGAUCGAAGACUCCCUCCACACCUCUUGCAAUAUCCCCUCCACAACACAACCGUAUUCACCUCCACCACCACCACCUCCUGCACCACCUGAACCAUCAACUCCUCCACAAACCCAGCAAAUGCAAAGGCUCCUGCCCAGCCUCUUACACCCGCUUCACCACCAUCCUCAGGCACGAGAGGCAGCAGGCCACGAUCCAACAGGAGAGAGCGCCACCUCUGGAGAAGAAGACUGCGCUGCCUGGGAACCUCUUCCUCAUGGGUCCUGCUCCCUUCAGGUUGCGGAAGAACCUGCAGUCACAACAAACUCGGAGGACCUUGUUGGCCACCAAGGUGGCAAUGGGCACCCAGAGGCCCUGCACUUUGUCUCCUGAGCUCAGACCUCUGAUACCUCAGCGCCUGUCCUCUCUGGAGGUCCUGGAGAGGCUGAGCAACGGGGAGGAAGGCAACGCUCACCACCUGAGUAACGGGCAGGGCUUGGACGCCAACGGGAACCUACUGCAGCCACUGGCAGCUCACCACAGAGACUCAUCCCCAGCACAUGGGGAGAGCCAGGAUGAGGUGUUGCGGAGGCGUCAUGGGGACAAAGAGAAAAUCUUGGAGGAGCAGCGGCGGCUGAAGCGGGAACAGGAAGAGGCCGACACAGCGUCAAGGCGUCACACAGGCAUUGUCCCGACACACCACCAGUUCAUCACCAAUGAGCGUUUUGGAGACCUGCUCAACAUCACAGAUAACACAGAGAAGAGGAAAUCAGGCAUAGAGAGGACUCCGGCCAUGGCUCGCUUUGACUUCAGAGCAGAAACUCUAAAGGAGCUGCCGUUUCAGAAAGGAGACAUUGUCUACAUCAUUCGACAGGUGGAUCAAAACUGGUACGAAGGGGAACAUCAUGGAAGAGUUGGCAUUUUCCCUCAGAGUUAUGUUGAGCUCCUUCCCCCCACAGAGAAAGCCCAGCCAAAGAAAAGUGCCCCAGUGCAGGUGCUUGAGUAUGGAGAAGCUGUCGCCCGCUUCAACUUCACCGGGGACACAGUAGUGGAAAUGUCCUUCAGAAAGGGAGAGAGGAUCACGCUGAUUCGCAGGGUUGAUGAGAACUGGUAUGAAGGCAAAAUCUCAGGCACCAACCGCCAAGGCAUCUUCCCCGUCACCUACGUGGAAGUGCAGAGACGACCCCGCGUUAAAAACGGGGUGGAGUAUCCCGACCCUCCUGUGUGCCAGUCUCCACAGCGCAGCAACAAUGCUUCUCCUCAGCUGUAUCGUAAUCGCCUGACCACCUCCCCCUUGCCCCUCCCUCGCUCCCCCCGCCGGUCCGUGUCCCCUGAAGUCCAUGCCAUCUCGUCUGAGUGGAUCUCCUUGACUGUGGGAGGCGGAAGCCCUCCUGCUGCACCCACCCCUCCCCUGCCGCCGCUGCCCACCGUGUCCUACCGCUGUGGCGAAUACCUGCCUCCGCCCUUCUCUGCCAGUCCCGUGCCUCCCAUCACCGGCAGCCCGUACUGCGUGUCCCCCGUGGCUUCCCCGGCUGCUUCCCCUCUUCCCCCUCCUUACCCACCCAGACCCAACUCAGCCACUCCCUUCCUUACAUUCACCCCACCUCAGGGGGAGGACUUCCUGCUCUCCCCUCCCUCCCCACGUCUGUCACGUAGUGUGAGCCCCUGUGGCGGGCCGGUGCUGGAGGGCUGGCUGAGGGGGGAGAAGGAGUUGACAGAAGGGGAAGGUACAGAGGGUGACAGGGGCCACGCAGCCCCAGGCAACAGGCGAAAUAGCCCUGCAGAGUUUGUGAGGAAUGAGGCUGACCACCAUGGACGGAGCUCCAGAAGCCCUGUGAUGCUGUUCGACAUCCACGAGAACAACAAUGUCAACUCAUUUGCGCAACCAAAGUCCCACAGCAGCAGCCCGGAGCCAAACCGUCUCAGCUGUGGAAUUUUCCAGGCUCUGUACAGUUAUGUGCCGCAGAACGAGGAUGAGCUUGAGCUGAAGGAGGGAGAUCUCGUCAGCGUCAUGGAGAAGUGCGAUGACGGCUGGUUUGUCGGUACCUCAAAGAGGACAAAACAGUUUGGGACUUUCCCAGGGAAUUAUGUGAAGGAGGUGAAACCGUAAAGAUGUCUAAUCUGGCUGUAACACAUGGUUGCCUGUCAAGCUUGGGAACUCAUUACUAUUGCGCAUGGCUGUUGGUUAGUAUAGUCGUUUAACCAGGCGAAAUCAUUUUGUCUGGGAAAGUGAUCAGUCGGACAGAGGUAUGUCAAACUGCUCGAGGCGGAGACAGAGACAGCUCACUGCCCAGACCUCAGUAUGGUGUACACCUUGACCACAUUUCACACACUUGUUGACAGAAUUCGUCCGUCUCCACACGUGGAAAUUUCUCUGUGAAAAGCUACCACAAACUAGCCUUUAUUGUAUACAUGAUAGCUUCCAUUUUGUCCAUGUAACUUACAGCACACAAGUGUUUACGUAGCUCCUCAGCCUGGAGGCCGGCAGCAGAGCAGUAUAUGGAUCAAAGAGUGGAUCUUAUUACCUGAACUGGACUUUGGAGGAUUCAGAAUAUAUUUUUAUGUGAUGUGGGCUUGGAGCUGUUUGUCAUGAGCUACCUUUCAGCACCAGUGUUUAACACGAUUAGCUAUGUAUGAUGCAAACCACGCAUCCCAUGAUUCAAAGACAUUGUCAGUCUUUUAGUCUGAAAACCUUUUGUGGCAAAUUCACAAAGAACGGAUUGCGGCUGCUGAUAGCACCGUGAAUUAUGCAUCACUUGCAACUGCUGCCCCUUCUGAAGGUCCACUUCACAAAAGAUUUUGUGCUAUUGACACAAACAUCAAGUUUACAAUUUGCCAUUGUUUUGUGUCUGUAGUUAUCUGUAUGACAAAGUCUAACACGCACAUUAAAAUGACAGAAUUGACUGAAUGUUAGAUUGGCUGAUAGAGAUCACUGUGAAACAGUAAACACCCCAGUCAGCUGAUGGAGAAGAAGAAAAGAGGGAGGGCAAAAGGAGACUACAGAGUGACUACAUGCUAAAGACGUCAAAUAUCUUAUUCACGUCCACAAUAAAUAAUAAAUAACAAUAAAUGUGUCUUUGGCGAUUAGACCAUAUCAUGACUCUCCCUUAUAAAUGUGCUUCAUUUACCACCAACUCUCUGAAGCCACCAAUAAAUUUCACUCUAACUGUGUGUGGUUAUUAGCACUAGUGUUUGUGAAUUGGACUUUUUUUUGGCAAUGGGGCUCACAUGAAUAUAAAGGAGCUGAUUUUGCACCAAAUGUAUGUAUAUUACCUAAUUUAGAUAUCUGCAGAGCACCAAGAAGCUAUUUGCUUGGCAGCACAGUCAGGGGUGAACAUCAUGCCUUGUGACUGCUUUGAGAAUUAAAUUUUCUUUUUGGCUUUGUGCACAUUUAGCAGUUGCAAAAGCCUGAAUCCCUUUGUGAAUUUGCCCCUCAGUGUUUGGAUCAACAUAAUAUUUAUUAAAUUUAAUGUGGUGGAAAUUUUUCCUCAGUUUAGAUUUAUGAAAAUGACUUCCAGAGUUUUAAGACUUGAACCUGGUCCAACAUAUCUGUUUUACUUUCUGUUAUUUUUCAUCAUAAAGUCACUACUUUUGAAGAACGUCACAGCAUUCAACUCAGUGUAACCCAAAAGCUUUAGGUGCCAGUUCAGUAUUGCCUUCAUUUCCUAUCCAAAGGUUGAUAUACAGUAGUUAUUAGACAGUGCAUGACAAGAAACAGUCAAAUGUUGAAGUGUGCUGUAAGCUGCUCUUUCUAAGUUACCGCAGCAAACACAACUACAGGACAUGUGGACUGAGUUGCAUGUCUGAGUAAAGGGGAGAGAAGCUGUGUACAUGAAUGUCCUAUAUUUUCAGAAAUUAUUUAUUUAUCCUUUUUAUACCUCUUUGUCAAAAUAGAAGUAAAGUGUGUCUGCUGAUGGCUGAUGCCUGGAAGGUAGCUGGUUGGCGCCUGGUUUCAACGCAUCCACAGGACAGGCGUGGUAGCUCUUAACUUCCUGUUUGAUCUUUUAGGGAGAUCCCACCUAACAAGAUAAUAGUACCUUAAUCAAUGAUGACACAAAAUGCUAUUUAACGUGUGAAGUAAAGCCAACAAAGUGUCUUUGAAAAUAAUCAUUUAUAAGAGCAUAUUGAGAUUUUAACCAUGACCUUACUGACAUGUAAAUGUGUACAGAAAACUUUAAGAGGCCUUCCAAAUAUGGCUACAUAUUUUCAUAUGUAACGACUACAACUUGGGUAAUACCCUUAGUAGAAUGGCUUAAAUAAUUAGGUCAGUAUUACUACAGCAUGCACUGUAAAAUCAAUAAGAGAUUGACAAAUCAUAUCGGAGCAUGAAACACUGUCACUGUAUUUGCCACCUGUAGCUUAUGGAGAACGAGGUGAUGGUAACAGUCUGCUGCUUGAGCUUCAGUAGCACCCUGAUGGAGGAUGUCUUUGAAUUCUGCUAUCAAAGCAUCAGAGCUGUCUUCUUGCGAGGACAGAGCUCCCACAUCUCCAGCACCAUCAGAUCCCGUAACAGACAGCACACAUCAGAAUAGACCCUCUGCACGUCCAGAUUCAAAGAUGAUAGCUAUUGUUUUUCUUUGCUCGUGUUUCCAUCAGAUUCCACGUUGUCGUCAACCGCUGCACUGUGUUCAUCAAUCCAGAGCUGUCCAAUAGGACUUGCAAAUAGCACUCAGUACCUGUUGUGACCUGCUCGGACUAGCGGACGGAUGCAGUUUAGUGAUAAUUGCUGAAGAAGUAUUUUCAAGUCUAUACAAGGUUUACAGUUUAUACAAGGAGGACUGAUGUAGCGAGUUCCCAAUCCACACAUUCAUAAUCAAAUGGUGCCAGACUAUCAGUGGGCCUACCUUUUAGUUUUAUGAUCGCCUACAAAUUCUGAAAUGUGAAGUACUGAUAGAUAAAACAGCAACUCUCACUAGAUCUAAAAGUGUAUGUUUACUGUAUCCUUGUUUUGUUUUUUUUUGGUGUCAGCAAAGUGUCAGCUCCUGUUGUGCAGUGAUGAUGAACAAUGACCUAACUGGAACAUAAUUUGAAGCUGUGUUGCUUCCAAGUGAGUGAUAUACGAUGUUUAAUAAUUGAUAAAGUACAUGAAUGUGAGAAAAUUCAGUAGCAAUCAGUGUUUCAUCCUCUCUGGCGUUUGCUGUUGAUCAGGCGUAUGUCCUGUUCGGAUCACCUCUGGUUACUUUGCCAGCGUCAGCAAGGGAGUGUUUUCUCAGUACGGAACUCUCAGUAUAAUACACCGCAGUGUGGGUUGUCCUGUACAGCACUGAUAUAAUAUUCAGGUGUUCUGCUGCAACACAAAAGCAUGUUUUUCCCUCCACUGCUGGCUAAACAUUUUUGUUCCUGUGUAACUCUAGCUCUGCAUGAGUGUGCUGAUCGGUUGCCCUGAAGGCUUUUCUUUCCUGACACAACAAAAGAUGAGAGGUUCGCUAAUGGACAAAUAAAAAAAUCACUAAUUUAGUCAUAACACGACUCUAUUUAGAUGUUUGGGUUUGGGUUCCAUAAAACAUCACAGGAUGUAUGAAUGUAUGAAUGUGGCCGAUGCAGACACAAUAUUUAAAAAAAAAAAAAAAGUCUGAAUUUUCAUCUUAAAUGAACAUGCAGACUGUUGAGCAGCAUGGCACGUGAAGGACUGUAAAUAUGUAAAAUAAAAAAAUAGGCUGCGAGCGAUGGGAGCAUUAGAUUGAGCUCUCUGUCACUUGCAGCAGUUUAUUCACCUGAAGGAUUUUUUUUGGCAAAGCACAAAGUGGAUUGUUACCGAGCACAGGAAGUUUGACGUAUAUGAACAUUACGCUGCCAUUUGUGAGGAUCAUAAUGCCUUAUGUUAGAAAAUUGUGCCUCAUUUUCAUUUAAUUUUCUCUUUUUUUUUUGAGCAUCGCUGAAAUGUAUCCAUGACAUAUUUCAUGUAACCAUGAUUUUCCCAUUAGUCCUAGUCUCUGUGAUGGGAGAACAUUAACUAAGAACUUGUCAGUUACUGUGCAAGUACCUAAAAGUGUGACACAGUGCUUUAAAUUAAUGAUUAAUAAUCAGAAGAAUGGACUCGUUUGAUGACACACAACCUGCAGCAGGUUUGGUUUGUUUGCUUCAAUUUGCAGUGCUGUUACAUUGACAAUAUUAAAAUAAAAAUACUAUACACUGCUGUGACUUCGGUAUUAUGCAAUAUUUAAUAAACCAUUUAAACCA